CACCACUAACCCCUUGAAAAAGCCAAGACGAAGGAUGGAUUCUCGACUUCACCCGCAUAAAUAGUCCGACGAGAGCCUACGGAAAGACCUGUGUCCUAGUCUAGAACCCAUACACCCGUCUUUGCAUUGUCUGCGUCAGCGCGUUUUGAGUCAUAUUGCCUGUUUUUUUUUUUUUAAAUGAAAUUGACGCCAAAAAGUUUCUCUCUCUACAAAGGCGGAUGGGUGACUGCCAUUCUCUGCGGCUCCAUGUGAGGAAAGGAUGAAGAAUCACAGCAACAGCUCCCGUCUAAAUAAUCUAACGCCAAAUCACACCAAAGAGCGAAACUGCAAGAAGACGGACGGAAUCUCGGUAGCCUGGCCACGGUUCUCCCUACGUGAUUAUGCUUUCUGCAUGGCAACGCUGUGUCUCUUCUGCCUCGGCUCUCUCUUCUACCAGCUGAACGGUGGCCCUCCGAAAGUUCUUCUGGACAUCAGACAGUAUCUAGGGCAGUCCACAUUCUCUGACUACGACGGACCUCAGGCUCCCAGGGUGCUGCCAUUCCCCAGUCAGGUGGUGUAUAACCGGGUGGGGAAGUGCGGCAGUCGCACCGUGGUGCUGCUCCUACGGAGCCUGGCAGAGAGACACCACUUCAACCUGGUCUCCUCCGACAUCCAUAACAAGACCAGACUCACCAAAAAUGAGCAGGUGGAUUUGAUGAAGAACAUCACCAGUAUUCCACAGCCUUAUCUCUACACCAGGCAUGUGCACUUCCUCAACUUCACAAGGUUUAGGAUAGAGCAGCCUGUCUACAUCAACAUCAUCAGGGACCCCAUCAACAGGUUUCUCUCCAACUAUUUCUUCCGCCGCUUCGGUGACUGGCGAGGAGAGCAGAAUCACCUCGUACGCACGCCAGGAAUGAAGGACGAUGAGAGAUACCUGGACAUUAAUGUGUGUAUCCUGGAGAAUUACCCAGAAUGCUCUAACCCACGCCUCUUCUACAUUGUGCCCUAUUUCUGUGGCCAGCAUCCCCAGUGCAGGGAGCCCGGUGUAUGGGCGCUGGAGAGGGCCAAACAGAACGUGCUGGAGAAUUUCCUCCUGGUGGGCAUUCUGGAGGAGCUGGAGGACGUGCUGCUCCUGCUGGAGCGGCUGCUACCUCACUACUUCAGCGACGUACUCAGCAUCUACAAGAGCCCAGCCUUCUGGAAGAUGGGGAACCUGACGGGAACAGUGCGGAAGCACACGCCAACCCCGGCGGCUCUGCAGGUGCUCUUCGGGCGCAUGCGCUACGAGUACGACUUCUACAACUUCAUCCGCGACCAGUUCCACCUGCUGAAGAAGAAGAUCGGCCUGCGCUCUUCAUCCCCUUCUUCCUCAUCCUCCUCCUCCUCAUCCUCCUCCUCGUUGCCCAGUCUCCUCAGAGAGCUGGCUCUCCCCACACAGCAGCCUCUGCUGGACGACAGUCUGCUGGACGAUGAUAACAGCUGGUUGGACCAGCCCUGAGCGUUGCCAUGGAGAGCCAGUUGAAGGGGUGGGGCUGACCAUGUUUGAGUGGGAGAAAGGGGGUGGUCUGUGACUUUCUCGGCCAGUCUGGAAGGAGGAUUGCUGUACAGGAGGCGAGAGAACAUUCCCAGGGUGCCAUUGGGGGUGUGUGUGUGCGAAUCUUGAUUGCCCGACUUUUUAACGGGUAGCCAUUUUUUUUUUUUUUUUUUUAGAGAGGAACAUAAGUCAGAGACAGUCUGUGUAACCUCCUGUACUGCAUAGGAGAGAGCUCUGUGAAAGAGGAUCGCUAUAUUUAAAAGGAAAUGGAAACAGAAACAAUACAAAGGAGAAUAAUUUUAUCUAUAUUAAUAUUUUGUUCAUUUCUCAAUAUUUUCUGUCCCAAAAUCCUGUUUUCAGUGUGUCAGUUUUGUUUUUCCUCUUCAGUUGGUUUUUGUUAUUUGUUUUUUUGCCCUACGGUCUUGUGCUCUUCUGUUGAGACAUGUGACAAACCUGUCCCUAACUAAUGUUGUGAGUUCAGAAAGCUACUCAGCCUCGCACCAAGUACGAUCAAGGAGCAUCGCACUUACAUGAGACAAUAUGUUUCACUCCCACAAACAACCUCAACUCCAAACACACAUACUGUAUCUUCAUUAAAGCCCAAUCGUUAAAAUUAAUCAUUAAAGACCAAAUCGUUUCCUAAAAUUCUUUUUUAAUGUUUGAAAAUGUGUUCGACAUCCUCUACUUGUCUCAGGGCCACCCUAAGUGCCACUGUCUAUCAGUGAAGAGAAGUGGUCUCACGUAGCCAGAGCUAUACAGCUGCAGGAGUCUGUAGAUGACCAUUUGUGUGUACCCAUUGAGCAAUUCUGUCGAAAGCAACUUGCAGUAGACUUAGGUAAUCAGUAACCUACAGCUCUGGAAAAAAUUAAGACACUACUGCACAUUUGUCUGACAGUUCUUAGGCAGCAUCGUCUAUUAAUUGAAUUUGUUACCAACAAAUACUGUUGAAGAGUCUAGCCCUGUGAAAUGAGGGAUGCAUGUUGAAGUGAAACACACAAGUGCCUGUUUUACCCUGCAGCAGACAUUCAUUUCUAAGCACUCUCUGAUUACAGCGUACAGUAGAUACUGCUGCCCACACAAACCAGUGACCGUUACAAGACAACUACACGCAGUCUAGACAAAUUCUCCAGCAAUGACUAAACACAGGACCAAAGAAGCAGAUGACUGAGAAGCCUACUCCCCACACCAGCCCACACAAAGCUAUGAUUGUUUGCACAUGACAUAACCACAGACCAUGUUAGGCCACAGGCAGAGUACUUAAUUAAAUACACACACACACACACACACACCUGCCCACACAAGCAGUACCACUCAUGGCUUGUUCCCUCCUCCCGGAACACGGUAAAUAUGGAUUUGUUUACAAACCGGAAAAGAUGAUCUCUGAAGAGCCAUGUCGACUGGCAAGGGGGGUGGGAGAUCAAAGUUGGAUCAAAGUUGCAUGGCUGGUUGUCUGUAGAUGGAUACGCUAUGGCUGAGCGCACCAUUCUCUCUAUUACAAGUUAGUUUACCAUCAAAAUGACUUUGAAGCUGUUUUAAAGUUAAAAAUAAACUUGGAUAGGAUGACUUAACAUGGCAUACCUGGCCUUCAGGUAGGGAGCCCCCAAAUCAAAUACAGCUUUGUUCAACCCAAGUGUGACAUACUGAGCUACUAUGAUAUGAAGGCUCUGCUACACAGCUGUUUAGUUAGAUAGAGGGUGAUGGGAAUGCUGAACUUCUGCUUGGUGGCAUCCAGGCAAAUCCCGAGGGGGCUAUACUGUACAUAGGAUUCGAGAUGCACCAUAACGUCUGCAAAGAAACUCUUCCAUUGACUUGUAUGUAUUUGAUACAGCACCUCCUAAGGUACAAAGUGGUGAGCAUGGUCUGAAACUAGCUGGUUAGCAUGCUAACUGUAGUGGAUAACUGGGUAACACAGAGCAUCUGUGGGUAUUUUUGACAUUACAUCAAAAUUGUUAUUUCUUCUCAUUCUGGGGCUUUUCCUGAGAUUUUUUUUACAUUUUAAACUAAAUGUCAUACACAUAGCCCCUGUAGCAAGGUAGGCUAAUUUCAGAAUUUCAGUUGCUCUUGACAACAUUCUUUUUAGCCAAUAGAUUGGAGCAAAGCUGGAGUUUGGAGCAUGGAGUAGGCUAUGUGCGGAUUUAUAAUUCUAUAGCUAUGCUACACUUUAAAACAUGGCCAACUUAUUUUAAGUUGAGGUGAACACCAAUUACACAGACAACUCUUCAGACAUUUUAAACACAAUUCCAGUUCCGUAUGCUUAUCAUUUUGUGUCAUGUUCUACUACCUUGUUCAUUCACACUCAGAUCACUGCAGCAGCUUGAGGAGUUCAUCUUCUAUUUGACAAAGUUAAAUCUGGUAAUAUAUAUAUUUGGGGGAAAGUUUUAUUUGGCUGGCAUAAUUACGGUGGACUGACAGUAUAGAGAGAUUGAACGUUUGAAUUGCUGAGAUACAUUAUCAUACAUAGAUACAAAUAUAAAUAUGAAUAUAAAUAUAAACAUACACAUCAUCAUGCAUAAUCACAAACAUCAGAUGCAAGGUCACGAUGUGAUUGACAGGUGUACGUAAUUCUUCUGUGUACAGAAUGGAUGUUUUCUUUCUCUUUAUUUUCUGGAAAAAAAUUAAAGGAUUUUUUUAUUUAUUGCUUGUAUUCAUUCCAGAUAAAACUCUCAGGAAAGACAUAUUUUUUUGUUUUGAGUUGAUAAUGUCAAGGUUUUUUGUUUUGUUUUCGUUUCUAUUAAGAUUACAUUUUUUUGUUUGUUUGUCAAACUCCUUUCCAGUGCUCCUAACAUAGAUAGUAAAAAAAUAAUGUGUCCCAGAGUAUUCUCAAAUGACCACCUACUUCAGUCAGAUUUGAAUUCAGUGAAGAGAACCUAUCCAUUUUUAUUCGACAGCUUUUGAAAUAAAUGUCAUUUAACAACAGCA